AUGAGCAGAGACGUAACCAUCUCCAAAGCACUCUCGUACUUUCUUCGUCACGGAGCACAAAAGAGCAAUUUGGAAAUCGACGACAGAGGGUUUAUAAAAGUAGCAGAUUUACUCGCACACCAAAAUCUCAAAAGUAAAAAAACAACAUUGCAAGAUAUAUUGCGGGUGGUGGAAACAAACGAAAAGAAGAGAUUUGCAUUGGAAGACCGCAAUGGCGAAUUGUACAUAUGCGCAACGCAGGGCCACCUGAUACAUACCGUCACCGAGGGCAAUUUGCGGCCGCUAGAUGAAGCCAGUUUACCUAAGCAGAUUAUUCAUGGAACCAGAAAGAGGGCGCUUGAACAAAUACGAAAAAGCGGCGGCUUGAGUAAAAUGGGCCGGAAUCACAUUCACUGCACUAGCGACCACAACCUGGUGUCGGGGUUUCGCUCUACAAGUGAUACUCUAAUUUACAUUGAUGGAGUGCAGUGCUUACGUGACGGCAUCAAGUUUUUUCAGAGCUCCAACGGCGUGAUCUUGUCACCCGGAAACGACCAAGGAGUAAUAGAAUGCAAAUACUUUGCCAAAGUAACCGAUCGCAACGGCCAGCCUAUCUAG